UCAAGCCGGUUCUUUUAAAUAUAACAUGUAGAAGGAGUCAUGUAUAAUUUGCAAGUAAGAAACAACAUCAACUAUACAAAUUAAUUCCAAGUCAUCUUCACUAAUGCACACCACAAAUGCCUAUAUAAACAGCACCAACUGAAACAAAUCUCCAACUACCAACGGAAGUGAGCCCAAGAGUACUCUUAACAGCUGCUCUUCAUCAACAUGUCCAUCAUGUACAUUAUUCUCUUGUUCCUCCGAAUUUCCAUCUAUAUCUCUCCCACAGUAUUGGCUAAAAAACCCUUAAACAACGCAAGAGUGACGUACAUCGUUCACGUACAACGAGAGCCAAACAUGGCUUCUUUUUCAAACAAAGAAGAACGCGAGCAAUGGCACAAAAGCUUCCUGCCGACCACCACCACUGCCGGCUCAGGCCAGCCUCGCAUUAUAUAUUCAUACAACAAUAUCAUUAGUGGUUUUGCUGCUAGACUAACCAGGGAAGAGUUAGAAGCAGUGAAGAAUAAGAAUGGCUUCAUUCAUGCCAUUCCUGAUCGCUUGUUACACGUGGCAACCACUCACAGCCCCGGCUUCCUUGGCCUCGAUACAUCUUCUACUGGUUUCUGGGCCAGCUCCAACUAUGGCAAGGGAGUCAUCAUUGGAGUAUUAGACACUGGAGUCACACCAGACCACCCUUCGUUCAGUGACCAAGGCAUACCGUCACCACCUGCCAAAUGGAAGGGUGUGUGCGGGUUCACAUCAGCCACUUGCAAUAACAAGCUCAUUGGUGCAAGGACCUUUUUGGAAGGAAUGAAUGCAGUCCAGCCAACCGACACGGCACAAGAGCCUUAUGAUAAUAAUGGCCACGGCACACACACGGCCAGCACCGCAGCCGGCAUGUUCGUGGAGAACGCCAACAUCAACGGACUAGCUACCGGAACAGCUGCUGGUAUGGCUCCUCACGCUCACCUAGCCAUCUAUAAGGUGUGUCACGACCAUGGUACAUGCGCUAACUCUGAUGUGCUGGCUGGGAUUGAUCAAGCUGUACAAGAUGGUGUGGAUAUAAUCUCUGCUUCUUUAAGUGGAGGUUCUGCAAAUUUCUAUGAAGAUAAUAAUGCCAUUGGCUCUUUCAGUGCCAUAGAGAAAGGUGUGUUCGUUAGCUUUGCAGCGGGGAACGAUGGUCCUGCAUACAAAACAUUGUCAAACGAAGCACCAUGGAUCAUCACUGUAGGUGCAAGCACCAUGGACAGAUACUUAACAUCCACUGUAGUUCUUGGCAAUGGCGAUGCAAUCGAAGGACAAACUGCCUAUCAACCUCAAAGCUUCAAACCCAUUCCUUUGCCUUUGAUAUACCCCGGUUUCACCUUAUCCACCGCUGCAACCUGUACAAAUGGCUCGCUUGAUACCAUCAACGUUAAAGGGAUGAUGGUAGUAUGCGAUGAAGGCGACAACGAUUUAGCAGAGAAGGGAAGCAACGUCCAAAACGCUGGAGGAGUUGCCAUGAUCAUCGCAAAUUUCAAAGGCGACGGAUACACAACUACUGCCAGCCCUCAUGUGCUCCCCGCCGCCCAUAUUAGUUACAACGACGGAGUUAGCAUAAAAGCAUACAUCAGUACAGCUUCGGCUCCUACGGCAACCAUUCUCUUCAACGGGACAUUGUUAGGUGUGACUCCAUCACCCAUGAUGGCCUCCUUCUCCUCAAGAGGCCCCAGCAAGGCGGAUCCUUUCACACUCAAACCGGACAUCAUCGCUCCCGGUGUAAAUAUUCUCGCUGCGUGGCCAUUUUCACCAGGACCAACUCCUAGUAUUGGAGCAAACUUUAACCUGGACUCUGGCACAUCCAUGGCCACUCCACACAUCAGCGGCAUCGCAGCUCUGUUGAAAGCUGUCCAUCCAAACUGGUCACCAGCUGCUAUCAAGUCUGCUAUGAUGACAUCCGCGGAUAUCACCGGCAAUGACGGUAAUCCAAUUGCCGAUUAUACACUAGAAGUAGCAGACUAUUUCGGCACCGGAGCAGGUCAUGUGAACCCAACCAAGGCCAGCGUCCCUGGUUUUGUAUAUGAUCUUGAUCCGGCAAGCUACAUCCCAUAUCUGUGUGGCCUCGGUUACACUGAUGCAAAUGUCACUGUUGUUGUGGGAAGCUCCGUUACAUGUGCGGAUGUUACUCCAAUCACAGGUUCUGAGUUAAACUAUCCUUCAUUCAUGGUGUUUUUAACAUUAUCCAAUAGCUAUACAGUGACAGUAAAUCGAACUGUAACAAAUGUCGGAGAUGCAACAUCAACAUAUAGUGUGAAAGUCAUAGAGCCAAGGGGUUCGUCAGUGACCGUGAAUCCAGAAACAAUCACUUUUUCCGGUGAGAACCAACAAAGCCAAUACUCAGUUACAUUUUCUAAUAGUGUUGGGGGCACUAGAAUGGCAGCAUAUUCACGAGGUUCUUUGAUAUGGGCUUCAUCUGAUGGGAAUACCACUGUGAGGAGUCCGAUCAUGGUGGCUAUUGUGAAUAAUCACAAUGUGAGUUUGAAUGGUCUAAAUAUGAUGAAGUAUGCUCAGAGAUUGUCACCCUUUGAAACAAAUCUCCAACUACCAAUGCAAGUGCUCCAACUUCUACUCUCCAUGAACAUGUCGAUCAUCUGCAUGAUUCUCCUAUUUCUCCGAGUCUCCAUCUAUAUCUCUCCCACUCUGGCUCAAAAACACGGAAACGAUGCACGAGUGACGUACAUCAUUCACGUGCAACGAGAGCCAAACAAGGCUUCUUUCUCUGCCAACGAGGAACGCAAGCAUUGGCACACCAGCUUCUUGCCAACCACCACCGAUGCCAGCUCAGGCCAGCCUCGCAUUAUAUAUUCAUACAGCAACGUUGUUAGCGGUUUUGCUGCUAGACUAACCAGUCAAGAGCUAGAAGCUGUGAAGAAGAAGAAUGGUUUCAUUCAAGCCAUUCCUGAUCGCUUGUUACACUUGGCAACCACUCACAGCCCUAGUUUUCUUGGCCUUGAUACAUCUUCUACUGGAUUCUGGAGCAGCUCCAACUAUGGCAAGGGAGUCAUCAUUGGAGUGUUAGACACUGGAAUCACACCGAACCACUCUUCGUUCAGUGACAAUGGCAUGCCAUCACCGCCUACCAAAUGGAAGGGGGUGUGCGGGUUCACCUCAUCUAGUUGCAACAACAAGCUCAUUGGUGCAAGAAUCCUGCUAGAUGGAAUGAACGUAACUCAGCCAACCGACACAACACAAGAGCCUUAUGAUAAUAAUGGCCACGGCACCCACACUGCCAGCACCGCAGCCGGCAUGUUUGUGGAGAACGCCAACAUCAACGGACUAGCUAAUGGAACAGCUGCUGGUAUGGCUCCUUACGCUCACCUAGCCAUCUAUAAGGUGUGCCACGACGAUGGUACAUGCUCUGGCUCUGAUGUGCUGGCUGGGAUUGAUCAAGCUGUACAAGAUGGUGUGGAUAUAAUCUCUGCUUCUCUCGCCUUCCGUUCAUUACCUUUCUAUCAAGAUGAUUGGGCAAUAGGCUCUUUCGGAGCCAUGGAGAAAGGUGUAUUCGUUAGCUUUGCAGCGGGGAACAAAGGUCCAUCAAACAGCACGUUGUCAAACGAGGCACCGUGGAUCAUCACUGUAGGUGCAAGCACCAUGGACAGAGCCUUGAUAUCCACUGUAGUUCUUGGUAGUGGCGAUGUGAUCGAAGGACAAACCGCCUACCAGCCUAAAAGCUUCGAGCAAACUCCUUUGCCUUUAACGUACCCCGGUUCCACCUUAUCCACCGCUGCAACUUGCACAAAUGGUUCACUUGAUAGCGUCAACGUCACGGGGAUGAUGGUAGUAUGCGAUGAAGGAGAUAACGAUUUAGUAGAUAAGGGAAACAAUGUCAAAAAUGCUGGAGGAGCUGCCAUGAUCAUUGCAAACUACGAAGACUACGGGUACACAACCAUUGCCAGCCCUCAUGUGCUCCCCGUCGCCCAUGUUAGCUACAACGACGGAGUUAGGGUAAAAGCGUACAUCAGCACAGCUUCAACUCCUACCGCAACUAUUUUCUUCAACGGGACAUUGUUUGGCGUGACUCCAUCACCCAUGAUGGCCUCUUUCUCUUCAAGAGGCCCCAACCUGGCGGAUCCCUUCAUACUCAAACCAGACAUCAUCGCCCCCGGUGUAAAUAUUCUAGCUGCAUGGCCAAUUUCACCAGGACCAACUCCUAGCACAGGACCAAACUUUAACCUGGACUCUGGCACAUCCAUGGCCACUCCACACAUCAGUGGCAUCGCAGCUCUGUUGAAAGCCGUGCAUCCAGACUGGUCACCAGCUGCUAUCAAGUCUGCCAUGAUGACCUCCGUUGAUAUCACUGGCAAUGACGGUAAUCCAAUUGCCGAUUAUACGCUAGAGAGAGCAGACUAUUUCGCCACCGGAGCAGGUCAUGUAAACCCGACCAAGGCCAGCGUCCCUGGUUUUGUAUAUGAUAUUGACUCCGCAAGCUACAUCCCAUAUCUGUGUGGCCUUGGAUACACGGAUGCACAGGUUACCGUGGUUGUGGGAAGCUCCGUUACAUGUGCGGAUGUUACUCCAAUUUCAGGCUCUGAGUUAAACUAUCCUUCAUUCAUGAUGUUUUUGACAACAUCCAAUAACUAUUCAAUGACAGUAAAUCGAACCGUGACAAACGUCGGAGAUGCAAGUUCAACAUAUAGUGUUAAAGUUGUAGAGCCAGCAUCGCAUCAGUGACAGUGAAUCCAGAAACAAUCACUUUUUCCAGUGAGAACGAACAAACCCAAUACUCAGUUACGUUUUCUAAUAGUGUCGGAGGCACCGGGACAACUGUCUAUUCAGAAGGUUUUUUGAUAUGGGUUUCUUCUGAUGGGAAUACCACUGUGAGG